AUGAAAGCUCUCAAUUUUCUCUUAUCUAUCUUGAUCGUCUUUGCUGUUGUUGUUCGUGCAACCGAAGAUUAUGAUGAAAAAAACCUUACAUGUGAAAAGCUUUUCAAUGUAUCCUCUUGCAGUGAUUGUCAAAAACUAAUCUUUCACGAUAUCAAGCAAGAUGAAAAUGAUUGCCCAGCACCCAUUAGAUUUAUUAAAGAAGUCGUCAAAGUAUUUAAAGAGUCUGGCAAAGAAAAGGCUGAACCCUAUAAUACUACUUAUUUCAAGAAAGGAUUAGAAAGUUAUUGUGAUCAACCAUUCAAUUGUAAUCCUCGAACCGCUGAAAAAUAUUGGACAAAAAUUGAACAUGUUUGUGCUAAAGAAUUGAGUUAUAAAGUAGAUUGGAGCAGUGACCCUAGAAAGGUGGAUAGAACUACGCUUCUGGUCUAUGGCACUUUAUUGAGUUAUUAUUUCGGAAUUCCUGAACACCAUGCUUAUUGCUAUAAGUCUCCGAACUCUGAUGAAUUGUGCGUGGCUGAAAUUUACGAGAACGUCUUGGAGUAUGUCAAGAAAGCCACUAAAGAAGAUCCGAACCCUAUUUUUUCCUUAGAUUUCAAAUACGUUUUCAAGAGUGAUGGUACGAAAAUACCCAUUCCUAAGAAACUUUUAUGCGAUGAAGAAUGUUACGAAACAGUGGUUAAAAUGUACAAAUCUUGGAUCAAACAUUACAAAUUAAGUCCCAAAGUAGUCGAAAAUCUUUUCGGUUCUGAAGAUGCAUUUAUUGACUAUAUUAGUUGUAAAGCCGAUGAUAAACGAGAUGUUGUCAGAAGAACAUCAGGUUCUUACUUAUCACCUCUUCGUCUUCAUUCUUUAAUUAAUUGA